CGGAGGGCUCCCAAGAUGGCGGUGGUGUCUGUGUCAGGCGCCGCGUCGGUCCCCAGCCCGGAGCCCCCCGCGCUGGAGCCGGGGCUUGGCCCGGACCGAGUCCCCGAGGAGGAGCUGCCCUCGCUGGACCCGGCCGAGGUGCGGAGCCGCCUGGAGCGGAGCUCGCACCAGUUCCGCAACCGCCGCAAGGUCCUGAUCCGGGGGCUGCCCGGGGACGUGACCAACCAGGAGGUUCAUGAUCUGCUGAGCGACUAUGAACUGAAGUACUGCUUUGUGGACAAAUACAAAGGGACUGCGUUUGUCACCUUGCUGAAUGGGGAACAGGCCGAGUCGGCCAUCCAGAAAUUCCACCUGAGCCAGCUGCGGGACAAGGAGAUCUCUGUGCAGCUGCAGCCCACCGACGCCCUCCUGUGCAUUGCCAACCUCCCCCAGCUCUACACGCAACAGCAGUUUGAGGAGCUGGUUCGGCCUUUUGGAAACCUGGAGCGCUGCUUCUUGGUGUACAGUGAGAAGACGGGCCACUCCAAAGGCUACGGUUUUGUCGAGUACAUGAAAAAGGACUCUGCAGCCAGAGCAAAAUCCGAGCUGCUGGGCAAACAGCUGGGGAUGCGGACCCUGUAUGUUCACUGGACCGAUGUCAACCAGCUGACCGUAGACCUGGUUCAUUCCAAGUGCCUGUGUGUGGGCAAGUUACCCCCUAACUACAGUGACCUGGAGGAGCUGAGACAGGUCUUCUCAGCCGUCUCUGCCCCGACCUUCUGCCAGCUGGCGUACGGUCAGGAUGGCCAGCUGAAAGGCUUUGCAGUCCUGGAGUAUGAGUCAGCAGAGAUAGCAGAAAUGGUCCAGCAGGCCACAGAUGGCCUGCCACUCGCUGGGAACCACGUCCGCGUCUCCUUCUGUGCCCCAGGCCCUCCUGGGCGCAGCAUGCUGGCCGCCCUGAUAGCUGCACAGGCCACGGCGCUUAAUCGUGGGAAAGGGCUCCUUCCAGAGCCAAAUAUCCUUCAGAUUCUUAACAGCCUGGGGAACCCCGCUUCGAUCCAGCUCUUACUCAACCCCCUACUUCACGGAGCCGUUGGUGGAAAACAGGGAAUCCUGGGGGCCCCCCCGUCCAUGCCGCUCAUGACCAACCCAGCCCUCUCCACAGCUCUUCUUCAGCUAGCUCUGCAGAACCAAUCGCAAGCACAGCAGAAACCCGGGAUCUUGGGGGACUCUCCUCUCAGUUCUCUACAGCACGGCACCUUGGGGUUGGCGACCGCCCCGGCUCAGCCCGGAAGCUCGCUGCUGGGAGAACUCGCCUCAGGGGGUCCUCUGCCUGCUGACAUGACACAGGGGCACGUGAAGUCACCGAUCCUGCCUUCGGGGGGCAUGCCCCUGGCAUCCUUCCCGGGACCAGUGGGGACCGAUAGAGAGAACUCGGCAAUGGGGCCGCAGGUGUCCCAGCUGACCCCAUCUCCUGGGACCCCAUCAACCCUGCCGGGCCUCACCACCUCCAUCCUGGGAUCGGUGAUCAGUGGACUUCAGAAACCAAAGCAGAUGGAGAACGGGGUCUCGCUGCUGGGAGAGCCGCCCAAAGACUUCAAGAUUCCUCUCAACCCUUAUUUAAACCUGCACAGCCUUCUUCCUGCAAAUAGCCUGGGAGGUGGUGCCAAUAAAGCAUUUAAUCUGAAGGCGGGAGUGCUGGGUAAUGUUUCCAAUCCCAGAAUCCCACAGCCCGCCAUGGCCGACCCAUCGCUGCCCUCUCCCGGGCUGGCAGGAGACAACUAUGCUUUUGACUAUCAGCCGGACUUGGGAUCCCGAAUGUACGCCCAGUCGAGGGACCACGCUGGGCCCAUCCUGGGCGGAUUUGGACAUAGCAGGCACAAGAUGUCUUCAUCUCCUGGAUUUGAGCGGAGCAGCUUGGGGCCACCCCUGCCGCCCUUCUACUCAGGAUCCCCAACCUCCUACUUCACCAGUGGCCUUCAAGCUGGGCUUAAACAAAGCCACCUGAACAAAGCAGUAGGGAUGCCACCUGUGGGCACCGGGGACAAUAUCCUGGGCUUGGGACCAAACAGCCAUCCCCACGGCUCCCACUCCAAGACUCCGAUCGGGGGCCAGAAACGGGCCUUCUCCCACCUGCUGCCAUCCCCAGAGCCCAGCCCGGAGGGCGGCUACGUCGGACAGCAUUCUCAGGGCCUGGGAGGGCACUAUGCAGACUCCUACCUGAAGCGGAAGAGGAUAUUUUAACCCCCUCCCUGCUGAAGCACUAUCAUCCCCUCCGCGUGUAAAUCUUGUACAAACUUUUUUUUAACGUUAGUCUUGAUUUUGAGGUUUUUACGUGUGUGAGAAAGACUUGGCUUCUCUGAGCGGGGUGGGAAGCCCCACAGGCUUCCUGCCGGAGGAUGGGCCUUUCCAAUUACCCUCCUCUUCCGCCCCCCCUCCCCCCCCGUUCCAGAACCAGCACCUGUCUGCGUCGCAGACAGCCGGAGCAGAGGCAAGCACUCCGAAAACGUACCGUGCGGGGGGAGGACAAAGCUUACCCCCGUGGCCCCUGUUGCUGCUGCUCUCGGUGCCUCUCUGUGGGGCAGAACCUGCUGGAGUCGUGCUGUAUUCUGAUUGCAGUAACUGGGAACCUACAAACAAUCCUGAGAGGACAGUAAGUCCGAGGGAGAUGCAUGUUCCCUGCCUUAAACUGCUGCUUCAGAGAGAGGAAUGUAACUGACUCCAGCAGGUGCCCUCUGCUCACCGUAAUGUGAGCUUGGAUGUUCUGGUAGCGCAGAGGUGGCGAUCUAGGGGGCAGCGAUUCGGAUACACGUACAGCGUUCUUGUUACGCCGUGGGACUCCAGAUCUGCCUGGUUCCUGACCCCACCCUGCUCAAAGCCUUCAGAGCUGCAUCUGGGAUGCAGCGCUCCCUAGGGGCUUACGCUGAGCUCCAGGUCUCAGGCCCCGCCUGCCUCUCCAAAUUCCUGUUCUGUUUUGUUUUUUUAAAACCCUUCAGAUGCUGACGUUUUACACUUUAGUUUGGUAAUGAGAUUUGUAAGUUGCCUUUUUAAUUCAUGCUUUGGUUUUUAUUUCUUUUUUUAACUAGCUAGGAGCAGGAAUCUUGGUCCAUUGUAAGGUCGCUGAGCCUGGUCAUUCCUUUUUUUUUUUUUUAGUUUCUCCCUCCUGGGCAUGAACUUUUGUUCUAGAAGUUUCUUUUGGGGUGGGGGGGGUCAAACAUUUUCCUUGAUUUCUAUUUUGCUGAGUCUUGCAGUAGGUGCCAGCUGCAGCGCGGCAAACAGACCUGCUUUUCCUGCAGCCCGGCAGCCUCCGGACACUGUUUCCCAGGAAGCCGAUCUGCCUCCCCCCUCCUGUUGACCAAGCUUGGAGGGCGGUUGUGGUUUCGUGAUAUCCGACACGAGGCCGCCCUUGUGUUUGGUGUGGAACUAGACGUUCAGCCGUUUGCACCCUCUCUCCAGCUGCAUUUUUAAUAUAGCAUUAAAUGCAGUUGAGCCAAUGUGGUAGGAUGCUGGCAGCUUUGGGUCUCAAGCCCUGGACGGUGUGUGCUGCUGGAACGGGAUGGUUAAUGCCUCGGGACCGAGCCGCUAGCCAGCUGAGAGUCGAGCGGGCGGCAGAGCUGCCAAGCAAGCCGGGGUCCUGCUGGCCUCCAUGGAUAAGCUGUUUUCUCUCGGGGGGGGGGAUUUGCAGGUCUGUUUGUAUAGAGACUCUCCACCCUCUCUUGAUUUGGGGUUUAUAAAGUUGCUACCAUGUUUCUACUGUAGAUGCUGUCUGGCUUGCUGUAUUUGUGGGGCUUCCAAGCCCUCGAGAGCUGGACAUUGCCUUUCCAAAGUAAAGAGAGAUUUAUAUCGA